AAUCCAAUAUCUGCCGGCAACCGCAACUAACACAACAACUGUUGUCUAGACGGUCGAUCGGAAUAAUCCGCCAUGGAGAAACCAUCGCGGCCGCCACCACCACCGUCAACAUCGCUCCUCCGCCACCUAGUCAACUUUGAUACAGCUGUUUCCCUCACUCUCUACAACCUCACUCAACCCAUCCUGCCUCGUCCCUUCCUCAAACUUCUUGAAAUCUCCGGCGACGGCCGUCUCUUCUUCCCUAUCCUCCUUUCCCUCCUUCUCUCUCCUCUCCGAUCCGCUUCUCCUCUACUACUGACCUUACUUGUUAACCUACUUAUCGGAUCUCUGCUCGAUCUUAUUCUUAUAGGUCUCAUCAAACAUAUCGUUCGCCGGCCCCGCCCUGUCUAUAACAAACACAUGUUCCUCACCUUCGCCGUUGACCACUGGUCUUUCCCCAGCGGCCACGCUUCUAGAGUUUGCUUCACCGCUUCCUUGUUUUAUCUUUCCUCUGAUUUAAUCCCAAGUAUUUUCCUUCAAUUGAAGUCUGGCAUGUUAGGAUUGGAUGAAUUUGAGAGUGUUAAGCGUUUAAACGUGCUUGUAAUAGCCUGGGCUACUGCUACGUCGGUUUCUAGGGUUUUGCUUGGACGGCAUUUCGUGUUUGAUGUUGCUGCGGGAGCUGGAUUGGGUGUUCUUAAUGCGUCAUUCGUCUUUCACUUCCUGAAUUGUGAGUUUUUUAGCUCGAUCCUUUCCAGGAAAUUGUAGUGGUAAAUCUAAUUUCUGUUCAGUUUUUAUGGUGUACAAUUCAUAUGAGAAUUCAUUGGAAUCGUAUUGGCUACAUUUUCAUCACACAAUUGUAGAGAUCUCAUUGUUGUAUAGUAUUUGUAGUUAGAACUAAUUUGAAUUGGUUGAGUGAUUUGUUGAAUCUUUCAUGAUGAUAAUAACAUCUUCAGGUUCUGUUGA